CCGCUACGGAAGCAGCCGUCGUGUCGGGCGCGGCAGAUUCGCCAUAACCCGCCGCCCGGGCCGCCUGGCCCCGCCGGCCCCAGCGAUUAAAAUCCCAUUUCUUUAUUACCAAACUGGGAGGCCCGCGGGGCCCUGGCGACCUCCAAAGUGAUUUUUGGAUUUUUUUUUUCCUCCCCUGCUUUCCCUUUCCUAGCUCAGGCCGCGCCGCUCCGCCGCCCUCGCCCCUCCCCCGCGGCGGCCAUGGACGCUGCGGCUGCAGGAAUCAAUUCCAUCUUCAUGUGUAAGCUUUGUAACUUAUUCUCGCCAAACCAAUCCGAACUAUUGUCCCAUGUCUCUGAGAAGCAUACGGAAGAAGGGACCAAUGUGGAUGACAUCAUUAUUCCGCUCCAACCUCUAACAGUACCAACAAACAUAAACAAAGAUGGAGAAGAUCUUCUUGUAGCGAAGAGGAAAAGGGGCAGACCAAAAGGGUCCACUAAGAAGUUUUGUAUGGAUGAAGAUAUAGCAGAAAAUAACUCUGUUCCAAGUGAAGAAGCUCUGCCUGGGACAGAAGAAGCUCCAGAACCGGCUGAGUUCUCACCAGGGAGCUUGGAAUGUGGGAAAUGCAAUCGGAAGUUCUGCAACACACGUCAGCUGAGAAAACAUAUCUGCAUUAUUGUUUCAAAUGAAGGAGAAGAAGAAGGAGAUGGAGGUAAUGAUUCUGACGUUGACCUUGACAGGAAGGAAGAUGAGCGAGAAAAAACUUCAAAGAGGCCCAGAGUUCAGAAAACAGAGAAAACUCCAUCAGCUAAGGAGACUGAACAGGUUUCAGGAGCUAAAAAUCCUAUUAUAAGUGUGGUUUUGACAGCCCAUGAAGCUAUUCCAGGAGCCACAAAAAUUGUUCCUGUUGAGGCUGCUCCGCAAGAAAGUGAACCCACGACUCCAGAGGCAACAGCUCAAGACCCAUCACAACGAAGAGGAUAUCAAGAAUAUGCCAUUCAGCAAACACCAUAUGAACAGGCAAUGAAAUCAAGCCGGUUGGGUCCAACUCAGCUGAAGAUUUUUACAUGUGAAUACUGUAACAAGGUGUUCAAAUUUAAACACUCCCUCCAAGCACAUUUGAGGAUUCAUACAAAUGAAAAGCCUUACAAAUGUUCAUACUGCAGUUAUGCCAGUGCAAUCAAAGCCAACCUUAAUGUUCACAUGCGGAAACAUACCGGGGAGAAGUUCAGCUGUGAUUACUGCCCAUUUACUUGUCUCAGCAAAGGCCAUCUCAAAGUUCAUAUUGAAAGAGUUCAUAAGAAAAUUAAGCAGCAUUGUCGCUUCUGCAAAAAGAAAUACUCAGAUGUUAAAAAUUUGAUCAAGCACAUCAAGGAGACGCAUGACCUUCAAGAUAAGAAGGUGAAAGAUGUUUUUGAUGAGCUUCGCUUGAUGACACGAGAGGGCAAAAGGCAACUUCUUUAUGACUGCCAUAUUUGUGAACGCAAGUUCAAAAAUGAACUUGAUCGAGACCGUCACAUGCUUGUUCAUGGUGAUGAAAGACCCUUUGCUUGUGAGCUUUGUGGCCAUGGAGCCACUAAAUACCAAGCCCUCGAGCUUCAUGUUCGAAAACACCCAUUUGUAUAUGUGUGUUCUGUGUGCCUAAAGAAAUUUGUCAGUUCUGUAAGGCUCCGUGCGCACAUCAAAGAUGUGCACGCGGAUUUGCAGGAGACUUCUGUUUUUAAUAGCUCCAUCAAUCAAAGUUUCUGCCUGCUUGAGCCGGGAGGUGAUAUCCAGCCAGAAGCCCUCGGUGAACAGCUAUCACAAAGUGCAGAUGAAUUGACUAUCAUGAGUACUAACGCUGUUAACACACCAGAACCGUCUGCAUGUAAAGGUGAUUCAACAGCUGUAGAUGUCAACCAUAAUGGUCAAUAUAGUGAUGACUUAAAAAUUGAUGCAGUUCCUUUGUUAGAAUUUGAAAAUCCUCCAGUGGAGAAUGUGACAGAGACACUGUGUCAGACAACAGACAUAGCAGACCCAAACAUUCAAUCCUGUGUAACAUCAGAUUGUUUUCUGCUGAAAAAUGGUACAUCUGGUUCUGAUGAGUUAAAUGUUUCUCCUGCAAAUGGAGAGGAAGAAGUUAAUCACUGCAGUUCCAUGAAUGAGCAGGGUGAAGAAAGUCUGCUGGCUGAAGACAAAAGUUUACAUCCAGAUCAGAAUGAUGCAGUGACUGAGAAACUUUCCGUCUCUGAAGAGAAAAAUCAGACUGCUGCUUCUAGUGAAUCAGAAACAAGCCAUCCGCCAAUUCAAAAUUUAACAGAAACUACAAACUCUUUGCCAGCACCAGAAGCUGCUAAUGCAGCCAUCGGUCCACAGACGGCCUCUUCUAAUGCAGUUACAUUGGAUGGUCAGAGCAGAACAGUUGCUUUUAUGCAGAUCUUGGAUAGCUUGCAGAAGAGACAAAUGACCACGGAGUUGUGUGAGAGGAUAAGGAAAGUUUAUGGAGACUUGGAAUGUGAAUAUUGUGGCAAAUUGUUUUGGUACCAAGUGCAUUAUGACAUGCAUGUUCGUACUCAUACUCGAGAACAUUUAUAUUACUGCUCCCAGUGCAAUUAUUCUUCCAUCACCAAAAACUGCCUUAAGCGCCACGUCAUUCAGAAACACAGUAAUAUUUUGCUGAAGUGUCCCACAGAACACUGUGACUACUCUACUCCAGAUAAAUACAAGCUUCAGGCACAUCUUAAAGUUCACACGGAUCUGGAUAAAAAGAGUUAUUCCUGUCCUGUGUGUGAGAAGUCAUUUUCUGAAGAUCGACUUAUAAAAUCACACAUCAAGACAAAUCACCCUGAGGUUUCAAUGAAUACUAUUUCUGAGAUUCUUGGCAGAAGAGUUCAGCUGAAAGGACUUAUUGGAAAACGAGCUGUGAAGUGUCCCUACUGUGAUUUUUAUUUUAUGAAGAAUGGAUCAGACCUUCAGCGUCAUAUUUGGGCUCAUGAAGGUGUCAAACCCUUCAAAUGUUCUCUCUGUGAGUAUGCCACUCGUAGCAAGAGUAACUUGAAAGCCCAUAUGAAUCGUCACAGCACCGAGAAGACGCACCUUUGUGAUAUGUGUGGGAAAAAGUUCAAAUCAAAAGGCACUUUGAAGAGCCAUAAACUCCUUCACGCUGCUGAUGGAAAGCAGUUUAAAUGUACAGUGUGUGACUAUACAGCUGCCCAAAAGCCACAGCUCCUACGUCAUAUGGAACAACAUGUCUCCUUCAAGCCUUUCCGUUGCGCACAUUGCCACUAUUCCUGCAACAUAUCUGGUUCCUUGAAGAGGCAUUACAACAGAAAGCAUCCUAACGAAGAGUAUGUAAAUGCAGGUUCUGGGGAGCCUGCAGCAGAAGCCCUUGUUCAGCAAGGUGGCAUAAAGUGUCCUGUUUGUAGCUUUGUGUACGGUACGAAAUGGGAGUUCAACAGACAUCUUAAAAACAAGCAUGGAAUGAAGCUAGUGGAACACGAUGGGGAGACCAAGUGGGAGUUAACUGCUGAAGUUUCUGAAGAAGCAUCCACUCAGUAUCUCCAUAUCACGGAGGCUGGAGAAGAUGUUCAAGGCACUCAGGCUGCAGUAGCUGCAUUACAGAACCUUAGAUAUACUUCUGAGAAUGGUGAAAGGCUCGAUCCAACAGCUGUAAACAUCCUACAGCAAAUCAUUGAGUUGGGUUCGGAGACCCAUGAUGCUACUGCAGUUGCUUCUGUAGUUACCAUGGCACCUGGCACUGUGACUGUGGUCAAGCAGGUAAAAGAAGAGGAGCAAUCAGCCAAUCACACUUUGAUGAUUCAAGAGACGCUGCAGCAGGCUUCAGUGGAGCUGUCUGAACAGCAUCAUCUGGUAGUCUCAUCAGAUGAAGUGGAAGGAAUUGAGACAGUGACUGUCUAUACGCAGGGUGGAGAGGCUUCAGAAUUCAUAGUUUAUGUUCAGGAAGCUAUGCAGCCUGUAGAAGAACAAACAGUGGAACAAUCCGUGCAGGAGCUCUAGUGAACAGUGUUCGAAGGAGAUGACUACUUGAUUUGCCAAAGACAGAAUUUUGGUUUUUUUUUUUUUUCUAGCCAAAAGCAAGCAAGGUGACAAAUUUUCAGUUCAUUUGUGAUGCAAGACCUUGUUGCUAGAUAGUGAACUGCCUGGUUGGAUUGUAUUGGUAACUUGGAUGUAUUACGUAGAAAACCUCCUCAGAGUUUUUUUUUCUAAAAAGUGUUCAUAUUUUGAGGAGAAAAUGUUCUUCCCCUUCUUAGAAGAUCUCUCACUUGAUUCCUGUAAAUCCAUACAAAUAUUGUGUCUUCAAUUCCAUGUUAUCCCACAAUAAUGAAACAUCUAUAAUGGUAGCUAGAAUGUCUAGAAAAGUCCCAUUUUAUACAUUCUCCAUAUGUGCUUGACUUGACUGGAAGUAGAGUUGGUUUUCUUUAAAUUAGAAGGGCUUCUUAUUUCUGAUUAAAUGCUGAGAAUGUGUUUGCCAAGUUGUGGAUCUAACCCAAACAAAGGCUCAAGGGUUUAGUUUGAAAAAUACCACAGAUGGACUGUGGUUUGUACUUGUGAGAUGAUCCUUUGAGUUUGGGAGGUAUUUAAAGCCAUAUAUGAUAAUUCUGGGUACCACAGGAUAACUGUUAUUUAGAUAAUUGAAUAGUGAUAAUUCUUUCUCUCCCACUGGAAAAAUACCCGUCCGGUACCAUAUGAGAAACCAAAUCUGUCAGAUCAGUGAAAUAUUCCUUUGUUUUUAAGAAAAAAUUAUAUCCAAAUGAUUUGUAAAUCCUAUAAAAGAAGAUGUAUGUUCAUAUGUUUUAAACAGACAUGCUUGUAAAUACAAUUGUGUGAAGGAACUUGUACAAAAAAAUUAAGUAAAUAUUGAAUCUAGAUAUUCUUAAUUAUGCAUGUAUAUAGCUCCAGAUUUUUCUUCAUGAAUCUUGAAUUGUUUCUGAUUUAAUAUUUUUAAAUUUGAGCUAUAAAAGUUGUUAGUUAAUAACAGAAUUGUCAUGUUUUCUUCUGGUGCUCUAAUUUCUCAAGUGUUGGCUUCCCUUUCACAGCUAACGAAAAAAUGCUGGUGCAUUGACUGUGACAAAUUAUUCCUCCACUUAGUAGCCUCUAAUCAAGAAAGUAGAGUAAUGAAGUCUAGGCAGACCUUUCUAUAUGAUUGAACUUACUUGUGGACGUUCUGGGUAGAAAAGUGGAAAAAAGCUUUUAAUUAAGUUGAUAUAGGGAGUUAGUCGUCUGCCUCUUCUAAGUAUACUGUAUUCUGUUAUUGCUACACAAAAUCAGUGUACAAACAGUGGUAGCUUCUCUGUUAACUCUGCUGAUAGAGAAUUUAAAUUUGUUGACAGAAAAGAACUGAAAAUCGUUUAACUUUGGUGGUAACUGUGUUUCCUCUGGUUUAAUCUUGAAAGGGCACGACUAGACCCAGUGCUGUUACAUUUAUAGCAUGGAGACCUUUUUGCCAUUUGGUGUAACUGGCUGGAGCUGGUAACUAAUGUCAGCAUCUAUUUCUUAACCUGCUCAGUAAACUUGACUAGAGUGAGCCAUGAAGUGUUUAAUAGCAUUUGCAAUGUGAUAGAAAUAGAGGUACAAAAUGUAUCAACGUGAUUAAUCUUCAUAAGAAACUUUGGGUUUGUUGAAACUCAGUGUUGAUUUGCAAGAGUAAUGCCCUCUAUUACCUAAAAGAGAAGAAAGCAGUCUCAAAAAGUUUUCUUAGAGUUUCUUGAAAUAUUCACACCUCGCUGUCAAAAAUCACAUUUGGAAGAGCAUCCCAGUCAUACGCAGUAACAGCUGUGUUCUUAAUGUAAAACCUUUCUGCGUCAGUUCAGUGAUGUACCGCAUUAUUAUCUGACUGGCAGCAAGAAGCCAGAAGAGCACUCGGGAAUUCUUAAGUAAAUUAUUUCCAGAUAGACGCACUGAGUCUAUGAGAUAUGUGUGUAUUUGGAGGAAGGGGGUUGCUUUUAGAUUUGUUUGUUUUAAUUCUAGUAUACCACAACCAUGUGUAACUGGUGUCAUUGAAGGCUUGACCUGCUUUUUUUUUUUUAAUCAGCAGUAGAAGCGUUGUCCUUCCUGCUGAUUUGAAGGAAAAAGUCCAGUUCUUUUACUACAUUUUAUGGGUUUCAGAAUGGAGAUAUAUUUACACUUUAUAUGACUACGUAUUAGUUUUCCUAUACGAAAGCAUAAACAUUUGUGUGAAUUUCCUUUAAUCUUUUUUUUAAUUUUACAACUUUCAGUUCAGCUCUUUUCUUAAGCUCUAGGUUUAUUUCCCAGCUUUUCUUAGAAAUGCAGUGGUUGGAAGCAUAUAAGGUAUAAGUCAGGAAAGACCGUCAGCUGUGUUGAAUACUGCACAUUGAUUCGUGCCUCCGUAACUAAUACAUUUGAGAAAAUGCAGGGUCUGUAGUGCCAUGAGGAAAUGAGUACAUCUUCUUUAAUGUAAGCCAUUGUACUUAACAAAGAGACUGUCCAAAGAUUUGUGUUUAUUCAGAAGGUACAGAAACAGCUUUAUUUAUAUCAGGUGUUUGUUUUGAGAGGCUACAGCUGUUCCAGAUAUCUUUUGGCUGGAAUUGGAACCACCAAAAAGGUAAGAAUUAAAUCCUUUACUUGGCAAGCUCUGUUUCUGUUUUCAUCUAAACAGCACAGAUUGUUUUCAGUGUAGAUUCAACUCCUUUUGUCCAAUUUAAUUUUUCUGAGGGUUAGGUGACCUUUUCAGUUGAGGGUAGACAAGCAGUUGUAGUUUUAAGUUAGACAAGUAGCUCCUGUUUCUGAAGAUGAUACAUUCCUCGCACACACUAGUAAUUUUCAUUAGCAUUUACUACACAGUAUGAACUUAUGGUUUUUCCUCUUUCUUUGACACCUGAGGAGUGUCCUGGCUUAGGGCUGACACUUGGCAAAUAUUGCUCUUUAAAAGAUUAUGCGUGCAUAAAUCAAGUAACUGAUGGGCGAACUGAUCUGCACAACUAAGAACACAUCAAAUGUUUCUGGGAGUUUGUUGAGCA